AUCCUCUGGAAACUCCCCGAGUGGACGAUCCUCGAGGCGAUGUCUGAACACAUGCCCGACUUGACCGUGAACGAAGCGGAGUACAGAGGAUUGCUGCUGUGUUUCGAUCUCCUCUCGACCCAAUCCAAGGGACGAGUCGUGUUCUGCGGUGACUCCAACUUGGUGAUCCGCCAGAUGAGAGGCGAGAUCGACUGCAAAGCACCAGGCCUGCAGCUGUUGCGCCAGAAGGCGUUGAACCAACUGCGAUCUUGGCCGAAGCACGAAUUCGUGCAUGUGAAGCGAGACUGGAAUCAAAGCGCCGACAAGCUCGCCAGCGCCGCCUUACAACGUGAAGAAGGCGAGAUCGUGACAGCCGAGGAAGAACGGCAGGACUUGAUCACGCUGAACAGAUUGCACGAAAUACUGCAACCGAAGUCAACCAGACCAGUGGCCCGCGUGAACGCGAUCACUCGAUCUGCGGUAGAUCGAACUCCGCCACCGGCAGUAAUGGACGAAUCUAUCGUUCAACGCAUACGGAGUCAGCGGAUCAAGCAAGCGCAAGACGAAGAAAAGUGGAUCGCGGAUCUGAAGGCGUACCUGAUCGGUGAUCUGAAGGGUCUGUCGAAGGAAGAUGCGAAGGCGUGCUCGAAGAUCGCUGCGACGUAUGAAGUUGACGAAGACGGACUGUUGUUUUACUGCCCGAGAACCUUGACACGAGACGAAGAUCGCGACGACGUCGUCAGACUGGUGGUGCCGGAGAGCCUGCAACAAGAUUUUCUCCAUCAUUACCACACGAGCCUGGAGGGAGGCCACCAGGGUGUCGGGAGGACAUACCGUCGAAUCCGGACGCGUUUUCACUGGCAUCAAGGAAGAUCGCCAGGGAAUGUACAAGGCACGUACCCGUUCCAAGUAAUAUCCAUGGACCAUAUCCCGUCACUGCCGAAGUCCUUCAAAGGGAAUACGGAGUUGCUGAUCUGGGCUGACCUGUUCACCGGAUACGUGAUCGCCAAGGCAGGAUCAUCACGCGGAGCCCAAGCGGUGGCGGAAAACUACGAAGAAUGUGUCUUCAGGCGGUUCGGUGCGAGUGAAACAAUCAGGCACGAUCGAGAACCAGGAUUCAUGGCAGAUUUCUUCCGCGCGUUCAACCGGAUCGUGAAGAUGAGGCAAAGUCCUACCAUGGCUUAUCGGCCACAGGGUAAUGGAAAAGCGGAGCGAACGGUCCAAACGCUGACGAGAGCACUGAAGAUGUAUGUCUCCGAUGUCAAUCAACAGGACUGGGAUGACUACGCCGAACGCUUGACGUUUGCCCUCAACACGGCGCAAGAUCGAGUGCGGGGAGACACAUCUUUCUAUCUGGUGCACGGGUGGGACGCAAGAUCGACGUUGGAAGCGACGCUCCCAAUUGGAUCUACAAGGCGGAAAGACAGCGACGCCCGCCGGUGGAGGUAUCGUCUGCAAUCGCAGUAUCGACGGGCGAGAGAAGUGGUGAACAACGAUCUCCGGAAGGCGAUCGAAGCCAGAGCUGCCCAACACAACGAUCGAGUUAGGCCCCACAAGAUCGAGCAAGGAUCACAAGUAUGGCUCUACCUGGAUCGAGUGAAGGAAGGGUUCGCGAGGAAGCUGGCCCACAUGUGGCACGGCCCUUUUCGGGUGAUCGAGCUCAUCGGUGAUCAUGCUGCACGCGUGGAAACCAGCGGAACAGAAUACCGCAUCUUCCCCGUGGUGCACCUGUCGAAGUUGAAGCUGGUGAAGGCGUUUCCCGAUCGUCCAACUUGCACCCUGCUGGUGGAUGAAGAAGAUCGAGUCGAUUUUGACGAAGCCCUGCUUCCGGAAGACAGCUGGGAGACUCCUUUGGGCGAGGAUGAGUACGAGGUGGAACGGAUCGCCGACGUGAGGUCCGGACGCCGCACGCGAUAUGGUCGCGUACACCGAGAGUUCCAAGUGUUUUGGAAGGGCUACCACGAACCCACGUGGGUGGACGAGGCCGACCUCAAUUGUGGGGCGCUCUUGGCCGAGUUCGAACGAACUCAGACGAACCGCAGCAGGUUCAACGCCAUGCAGUCGCAUGAAGAGGCGUCGGACAACCUGUAA